UAGGUAUCAAAUUGUUCCGUAUUCGCCCAUCACUUGUAAGGUCUGUACAGCAUAGUGGCGUCAUGUCCAUCUAAUACUAAGCACUUCUCUGUUUCACUUCUAUUCCUGUAUCAUUAGAAUCGCCUGUCCUUCGAGCCUGGCCGGUGCCGGCGCAACCAAAUGCCCACUCCCUCGAGCGACGAGAACAUCGCUGCAAACAUAUCGCCGUACAACUUAUGCCCACCCGACGAUGACAGAUCUAGUUGGAGAGGUGCCGAGAUGAACGAUGUUCGCGAUGGAUUAGUCGUUGCGCCCCCUGAAGUACAUCAGGAGCCAACACCGCCUCCGUCUGAUUCACGAGCAGCCAGUUCCACGGGGGCACAUAUACCAGAACAGCAGAAUAUCAAGCGUAUGGAUAUUGAUGAUGAAACUAUGGCUCCAGAUAUGCUAUCCCCCACGAGUGCAGAUGGCGAGAAGCAUGAAGAGAACGAGUUGCCUGCAUUGUCCAGCGCAGGCCUUAGCUCGCCAUCUAUGGGCUACGACUUCUCCAACGUCCGAUUGAGACCUUCUUCCCCUGCCCUCUUACGCGCUGGCAGCAGAUUCCAUGGCACCCAACAAUCCGAACGUCAGGUUUACGAUGUUCAGGUCGAAAUCAAGCAUGUUGAUAUGAGGGAAUCAUUUCUCUGCGGAUAUCUACGCAUUCAAGGCUUGACGGAAGACCACCCAACGCUCACCACCUAUUUCGAGGGGGAAAUCAUCGGCUCAAAAUACUCUUUUCUUACUCAACAUCAAGAUUGGGGUUCAACGGACAAGGUAGACCUACAACACUGGGCCAAGUUUUCCGCUUUCCGCCCCUAUCAGAAGCUGGCCAGAAAAGGUCAACUUUACAUUCCCGGUCUCGCGCAACGAGAAAAUAUAUUCAUGCGGUGGAAGGAGCACUUCUUAGUUCCAGAUCACCGAGUACGCACGAUCAGUGGUGCGAGUUUUGAGGGGUUCUAUUACAUCUGCUUCAACCAGAUUCAAGGGACCAUUAGCGGUAUUUAUUUUCAUUCGAAAAGCGAAAAGUUUCAACAGCUGGAACUGAAACAUGUUGAGGAUCGUGGAUGCUUUGCAGCAAUAGAAUUUCGAUGA